CGCCUGCACCCCAACAUCGAGGGCCUGAACCCCGAGAUUGGAUCCAGCGAUCAGGAAACCAGGGCAUGGGACCCUGAUCUGGGGGCAACACCCAGAGAUCCGGCAGUGGGACCCGAAGACCUGGAACCCUGACUCCAAAAACUGAGACUGGAAUCCCAAGAGCUGGUUCCUGGGACCCUAAGAUUUGGAAUCUGAAUCCCAAUCUGUGAAACCUGAUCCCCAGUAUUUGGAACCUACCCCUCGAGAUUUCACAUCUAAACCCCCAGGUCUGAAACUGAACUCUGAAUUCUAUGCCUGGGACAGGAUUCUCGAAUCUCUACCUUGGAGCCUGCUAAUUGGCACCCACACCCAGGGGUUUAGGCCUCAAAUUCUCAGAUCUGACUUGUGGGAUCCCAAGGGGUCUGAACCUGAAUUUGGACCUGAAGUCUUUGCUGAAGACUUAAACGCUGGGGUUUAAAAACCUCUAGAUCUUGCCUCAGCACCCCAAUAGCUGAACCUAGAACCUCAGUAUUAGAACUCUGGGCUUGGGACUCAGACCCUACACUUCCCAUUGGGCUGUUUGCUGUCUGAGACUGGAGCUGGGCAGACCUACCCUGCACAACCCAGACUAGGGCCUGAGUGUCCAAAAUUGGACCCGAGAGCCCACUGUUUGGGAGUCUGGGACCCCUUUCCGUGGCUGCAGAACUGAGCGGAGGCACAGUGGACAACCCCCUCCCCACAGGUCCUGGGGACAGUCAAGGCAUGACCAGCCCUCCCCUCCGGUGCUCUGCUUAGAGGACUCGGCUUCCUGAGGCGGCUUCCUGCUCAGGCUGCCUGCCCGCAAUGGCCGUCCUCCACUUGCUCCUCUGCCUGCUGCCACUAGCCCCCGCCUCAUCUCCACCCCAGCCGGCCACCGCCAGCCCAUGUCCUCGCCGCUGCCGCUGCCAGACCCAGUCACUGCCCCUGAGCGUGCUGUGCCCAGGGGCUGGCCUCCUGUUUGUGCCGCCCACGCUGGACCGCCGGGCCGCGGAGCUGCGCCUGGCAGACAACUUCAUCGCCGCCGUGCGCCGCCGCGACCUGGCCAACAUGACGGGCCUGCUGCACCUGAGCUUAUCUCGGAACACCAUCCGCCACGUGGCCACCGGCGCCUUCGCCGACCUGCGUGCCCUGCGCGCCCUGCAUCUCGAUGGCAACCGGCUGACCGCCCUGAGCGAGGGGCAGCUGCGCGGCCUGGUCAACUUGCGCCACCUCAUCCUUAGUAACAAUCAGCUGGCAGCCCUGGCGGCCGGGGCCCUGGAGGACUGCGCCGAGACGCUGGAGGACCUCGACCUGUCCUACAACAACCUGGAGCAACUGCCCUGGGAGGCCCUGGGCCGCCUGGGCAAUGUCAACACGCUGGGCCUGGACCACAACCUGCUGGCCUCCGUGCCCGCCGGCGCCUUCUCUCGCCUUCACAAGCUGGCCCGGCUGGACAUGACCUCCAACCGCCUGACCACCAUCCCCCCCGACCCACUCUUCUCCCGCCUGCCGCUGCUGGCCCGGCCCCGCGGCUCGCCCGCCUCCGCCUUGGUGCUGGCCUUCGGCGGGAACCCGCUGCACUGCAACUGUGAGCUGGUGUGGCUGCGGCGCCUGGCCCGCGAGGACGACCUGGAGGCGUGCGCCUCGCCCCCCGCGCUGGGCGGCCGCUACUUCUGGGCUGUGGGCGAGGACGAGUUCGUGUGCGAGCCGCCCGUGGUGACGCACCGCUCGCCGCCCCUGGCCGUGCCGGCCGGUCGGUCUGCCACCCUGCGCUGCCGGGCCGUGGGGGACCCCGAGCCCCGGGUGCGUUGGGUGUCACCCCAAGGCCGGUUGCUGGGCAACACGAGCCGGGCACGCGCCUUCCCCAACGGGACGCUGGAGCUGCUGGUCACAGAGCCCGGUGAUGGCGGCACCUUCACCUGCAUCGCGGCCAACGCUGCCGGCGAGGCCACGGCAGCAGUGGAGCUGACCGUGGGACCCCCGCCACCCCCCCAGCUGGCCAACAGCACCAGCUGUGACCCCCCGCGGGACGGGGACCCUGAUGCCCUCACCCCGCCCUCUGCCGCCUCAGCCUCAGCUUCAGCCAAGGCAGCUGACCCAGGCACCCCUGCCGACCCUGGAGUCCAGGUGACUGAGCAUGGGGCCACAGCUGCCCUCGUCCAGUGGCCGGACCAGCGUCCGAUCCCAGGCAUCCGCAUGUACCAGAUCCAGUAUAACAGCUCCGCCGAUGACAUCCUGGUCUACAGGAUGAUCCCGGCAGACAGCCGCUCCUUCCUGCUGACGGACCUGGCCUCCGACCGUUCCUACGACCUGUGCGUGCUGGCAGUCUUUGAGGACGGCGCCACGGGGCUGACGGCCACGCGGCCAGUGGGCUGUGCCCGCUUCUCCACGGAGCCGGCGCUGCGGCCGUGCGGGGCCCCGCACGCGCCCUUCCUGGGCGGCAGGAUGAUCAUCGCGCUGGGUGGGGUCAUCGUGGCCUCUGUCCUGGUCUUCAUCUUCGUGCUGCUGAUGCGCUACAAGGUGCACGGGGGCCAGCCCCCCGGCAAGGCCAAGGCUUCCGCCCCCGUCAGCAGCGUUUGCUCCCAGACCAAUGGCACCCUGGGUCCCACGGCAGCCCUGCCAGCCCCCGAGCCCUCAGGGCCCCGAGCGCAUACCGUGGUGCAGCUAGACUGUGAGCCCUGGGGACCCAGCCACGAACCUGUGGGGCCCUAGCCCACCUCCAUGGCCCUCCUGGCCCCCAGGAGCACCAGGACCCCAGCCCACCAUGGGCCUGGCCACGGACUCACCAAAUUGCUCAUGGUUUUUAAAACUCUGAUGGGGAGGGUGUCAGGGGUACCAGGUCACGACAAGAAAGUCCUAUUUUUCUAA